AUGGCGCUCACUGGGGCCACAGCGGUCUGCCGCGAUGACGCAGCGGAUCCCCGGCUUCUGGGCCGGCGCAGCGUCAGCGGCAAAAAACAAUUCGAGCAGAAGUUCCGCCUCGAGGCAUCGUUUUCUGCAGCUUCCGUGGCGGAAGGCUGCCGGGAGCGGGAAGGCGGGCAAGCAGUCGCGGACUUCCCACCUAAUCGGAUGCAGCAGUAUCCGUCUGUCGCACGGGACGAUGCCUUGGGGAGGGGGCAGGGGUUGAUCAUGUCAUCUCUGUCUUGGCGCAAGGUGGAGGAAGCGGUGCAGGCCGGCUGGGCCACCUUGGUUCAGACGGUGAAAGUCCGGGAGACCAAAAGCAGGGACUCGAAGGUGGUCGGUCUCUUGCCCGAGGGUCGUCGCGUCAAGGUCUCCAAGGUUUGUUCCAAGUCCGCCCUUCUGGAAGAGCCAGUGGUGGGCUGGAUAACACUGUGCAAGGGGGGUGCCGUACUUCGGCAAGACCCAGCACAAAAGCAGCCGGAGAGCUCGGCGACCAUGUGGGCCGUUGCCAACGUGAUGGCCCGGUAUGGGGCCACGCCAACGCUGGCGAGUGCCACGCCGGGUAGCAGCACAGACGUGCAGGAAUUGGAGUUGGAGACAGAUGCCGUGGUUGCCGUGACGGUCCAGGCAGUCGAGACGCCAGCUUCUGAGAAGCCUUUCCAUUUCUUGCCGUCGGUAGCGACCUGGCUCUCCGCGGCUGGUGCACCCCAAACAGGACUGCUGCCAUCUACACGGAGGGCGACCUCCAACACAGACAUGGCUCCUGCAUCGUUUGCCGUGGAUUUUUUCGUAGACCACGCGGUCGUGGAACCCAAAGCAGAGGCGCAAGAAAUCAUCGACCAGGUUGCCGUGACGCCAUUCCGGCAGUUGCCAUCCGUUGGCACCUGGCUCUCUGCGUUCACCCCGCGGAACAUCAGCGAAGAGCAACUUGGACGGCAGGGCGACCAGAUUGUUUCGCUGCUUCGCCCCGUGGUGCAGCGGAGGCCACUAUCUUCUUCACGGAGGGCAGCCUCGAGGACAGAUGCGAUUCAGGAGAGUUCUGAGUGUGGGAGCUUCUGGGUGACGCUGCAGCGGGCGCUCCGUGAGAUGUGCUGUGUCGGCAUCGUUUUCUGCAGCUUCCGUGCCCCUUCAGACAUGAUCAUGGCGGAAGGCUGCCGGGAGCGGGAAGGCGGGCAAGCAGUCGCGGACUUCCCACCUAAUCGGAUGCAGUAUCCGUCUGUCGCACGGGACGAUGCCUUGGGGAGGGGGCAGGGGUUGAUCAUGUCAUCUCUGUCUUGGCGCAAGGUGGAGGAAGCGGUGCAGGCCGGCUGGGCCACCUUGGUUCAGACGGUGAAAGUCCGGGAGACCAAAAGCAGGGACUCGAAGGUGGUCGGUCUCUUGCCCGAGGGUCGUCUCGUCAAAAUCUCGAAGCUUUGUUCCAAGUCCGCCCUUCUGGAAGAGCCAGUGGUGGGCUGGAUAACACUGUGCAAGGGGGGUGCCGUACUUCGGCAAGACCCAGCCCAGAAGCAGCCGGAGAGCUCGUCGACCAUGUGGGCCGUUGCCAACGUGAUGGCCCGGUAUGGGGCCACGCCAACGCUGGCGAGUGCCACGCCGGGUAGCAGCACAGACGUGCAGGAAUUGGAGUUGGAGACAGAUGCCGCGGUUGCCGUGACGGUCCAGGCAGUCGAGACGCCAGCUUCUGAGAAGCCUUUCCAUUUCUUGCCGUCGGUAGCGACCUGGCUCUCCGCGGCUGGUGCACCCCAAACAGGACUGCUGCCAUCUACACGGAGGGCGACCUCCAACACAGACAUGGCUCCUGCAUCGUUUGCCGUGGAUUUUUUCGUAGACCACGCGGUCGUGGAACCCAAAGCAGAGGCGCAAGAAAUCAUCGACCAGGUUGCCGUGACGCCAUUCCGGCAGUUGCCAUCCGUUGGCACCUGGCUCUCUGCGUUCACCCCGCGGAACAUCAGCGAAGAGCAACUUGGACGGCAGGGCGACCAGAUUGUUUCGCUGCUUCGCCCCGUGGUGCAGCGGAGGCCACUAUCUUCUUCACGGAGGGCAGCCUCGAGGACAGAUGCGAUUCAGGAGAGUUCUGAGUGUGGGAGCUUCUGGGUGACGCUGCAGCGGGCGCUCCGUGAGAUGUGCUGUGUCGGAGUCCCGCUGGCGCUCACUGGGGCCACAAGCGGUCUGGCGCAGAUGACGCAAGACGGCAUCGUUUCUGCAGCUUCCGUGCCCCUUCAGACAUUUGAUCAUGUGGAGAAGCACGGUGCAGGCCGCUGGGCCACCUUGGUUCAGACGGUGAAAGUCCGGGAGACCAAAAGCAGGGGCUCGAAGGUGGUCGGUCUCUUGCCCGAGGGUCGUCUCGUCAAAAUCUCGAAGCUUUGUUCCAAGUCCGCCCUUCUGGAAGAGCCAGUGGUGGGCUGGAUAACACUGUGCAAGGGGGGUGCCGUACUUCGGCAAGACCCAGCACAAAAGCAGCCGGAGAGCUCGGCGACCAUGUGGGCCGUUGCCAACGUGAUGGCCCGGUAUGGGGCCACGCCAACGCUGGCGAGUGCCACGCCGGGUAGCAGCACAGACGUGCAGGAAUUGGAGUUGGAGACAGAUGCCGUGGUUGCCGUGACGGUCCAGGCAGUCGAGACGCCAGGUUCUGAGAAGCCUUUCCAUUUCUUGCCGUCGGUGGGGACCUGGCUCUCCGCCGCUGUCGCACCGCAAACAGGACUGCUGCCAUCUACACGGAGGGCGACCUCCAACACAGACAUGGCUCCUGCAUCGUUUGCCGUGGAUUUUUUCGUAGACCACGCGGUCGUGGAACCCAAAGCAGAGGCGCAAGAAAUCAUCGACCAGGUUGCCGUGACGCCAUUCCGGCAGUUGCCAUCCGUUGGCACCUGGCUCUCUGCGUUCACCCCGCGGAACAUCAGCGAAGAGCAACUUGGACGGCAGGGCGACCAGAUUGUUUCGCUGCUUCGCCCCGUGGUGCAGCGGAGGCCACUAUCUUCUUCACGGAGGGCAGCCUCGAGGACAGAUGCGAUUCAGGAGAGUUCUGAGUGUGGGAGCUUCUGGGUGACGCUGCAGCGGGCGCUCCGUGAGAUGUGCUGUGUCGGUCGCUGA